GGCCGGGCUAUCAGGGGGCUGCGGGAAGGGAGUGAGGGGCUGGGGGUAGCCCAGGGCUGGGUUAGCACCUCAGCCCCCCUCAAUCCUGCUUUCUUCAGGGCAGGAUAAACACCCCCAAAUCCAGGCAGGUGGAAAAGGUUUGGGGGUAACCAUUUUUAAGUGUCUUCCAGUCCUCCAUUUUGAGGGGAAGAAGCUCAGGGAUUCCCCAGCCCCCCAAAUCCCUCUGCUAAAUUGUUGGACAUUUUUUGUGGGGUGAGCGCAGACACCCCAAAACCUGGAGCUCCCCCUUCCUGCUUCCCAGAGCGAGCAGGAACCCCAAUCAUUCUUCUCCCAUUGCCUGCUGCACUGGGGAGAUGGCUGUUUGGGGGACCCCAAAUCCCCCACACCCUGCUACAGACACCCCAUCUCUGGGGGGGGGUGCAGGUGGUCUCAGCCAGCCUGGAGGCUCAAGCGGCCCCCACUUCUAGACUGGAACUGAGCUAGCAUUGAGGGGGAAAUGGGGGUCCCCAAUUUUAAGCUAGACAUGGGGAGGGGGCUCCCCAAUACUAAUCUGGAGGGCCUGGAACAGAGCCAUUCUUUGGGGCAGGCGUGGGGAAUUCCCACGGUUCCCCAAGGGUGGGGUGGGGGGGCCCACAGGUUCGUGUGUGUGUGUGUGUGUGUGUGUUGUCUUUCGCCAUCCCUCUGUCUCAUUCUCUCUCUCCAUCCCCGCCCUUCUCCCAUCCCUCCAUCCCUCCCCUCCGCUUCUCUGCUGUUUCACACACACACACAUACACAGCAGCCUGUGCUAUCCACGAAUUAACCUCGCCGGCUGAAGGACAACCGCGGUGGUGUAGCGCUGUGUGUGUCUGUUUGGGGGGGGCCAUGCACCCACCCCGCCUUCUCCGGAGCCCGGCGCCCGGUGCCCGGAGGAAUAAAAGAAGUUCGAUCUCCAGGAAUCUUGCCACCAGCUCAUUCCAUUUCUGGUGCCGACCCAGCUCCGGGGCGGCGCGGGAUUUUCGGAGACCGAGUUUGCGCUGAUUUCUUUCGGCUGCCUCCCGCCGCGCUUCCUGGAAAUAUCCCGGAGGCUACGGUGUGGGGAGAGACGGGGGUGGAGCCAGGACCGCGGGAGACCCCCCCAAAUCUGGACCGCUGGUCACUUUGGAAGGGAAUCGAUUUUGCCGAUGCCGAGCAGCGUCCUGGUCUCUCGUCCUCGCCGGAGUCCGGACCUUGAGCAAGACGUUCGCACCGUGACCAACAAAAAGAAUUGACCACCCCUGGUUGGGGCAGGGAGGCGGCAGGGGUGGGGGGGAGACACUCAGCUUUAUUAAGCUCUCGGCCGAUCUGUUGGAAAGGGGAGAAAGAACCCAGCGACCCCCCCGGGGGCUAAAUUCGCCCCUAGCCAGAUUUAUCUAGGGAGGGGUGGGUAUAAUCCCCCCCCCCAUGGCUUGGCUCUUCGGGGGGAUGAGCGCGGCGUGAAACCGCCUCGAGCGGGGCACCGGCUGGCGGAGCACCAUGGCGGCGUUGGCCAGCUCCUUGAUCCGGCAGAAACGGGAGAUCCGGGAACCCGUCGCCAGCCGCCCCGUGGCCGCACAGAGAAAGGUCUGUCCCCGCGGCACCAAAUCCCUCUGUCAGAAGCAGCUGCUCAUUUUAAUCUCCAAAGUCCGGCUCUGCGGUGGGCGGAAAGGCCGGCUGGAAAAAACACCCGAACCGCAGCUGAAGGGCAUCGUGACCAAGCUCCUCUGCAGACACGGUUUCUACCUCCGGAUGCACCCAGACGGGAGCAUCGACGGGACAAAAGAAGACACCAACAGCUUCACUCUCUUUAACCUGAUCCCCGUGGGACUGCGCGUGGUUGCCAUCCAGGGUACCAAGUCGGGGCAGUAUAUCGCCAUGAAUGCAGAGGGCUACCUCUAUACCUCCGCUCACUUCACCGCCGAGUGCCGGUUUAAGGAGUGCGUCUUCGAGAAUUACUACGUCAUGUACUCCUCCACCCUGUACCGCCAGCGCGAAUCCGGCCGCUCCUGGUACCUGGGCAUCAACAAAGAAGGCCAGCCCAUGAAGGGAAACCGAGUCAAGAAGACCAAAGCCGCCGCCCACUUCCUGCCCAAGCUAUUGGAAGUGGCCAUGUACCGCGAGCCGUCACUCCAUAACGUGGUGGACCCCUCGGCGCCCCAGAAAUCAGAUGAGGCCGGGGCCCCCAGCAAAGAGACAGCCAAGCCCCGCAAGGCGACGUAACCCCGAGGCCAGGGAGGGGCGUCGGCACCACUCCAGCAAUGCCCCUCCCACGCACGUUCCCGCUCUGCCCCCUUCUGCUCAGGAUGCCUGCCUACCUACAUUCAACCUCUGGACCUCAGAAAAAAAAUGCCAUCGAGGGUGUAAUACCCUUUGCCACCACUGGGAGGGCGACAUUGCCCUGCUGGAGAAAGAAUUAGGGGUGUGCGCGUGUAUAUAUAUAUAUAUAGAUAUAUAUAUAUAUGGUCUUCCAUACCAGCUGAGAGCGUGAUUCCCUGUUUGGCCAACAGGUGGUGACAUUGGGAAAAGUUCUGAUCUAUGCCAGCUUCCUUUUCAGCAAUAAGGGUGCGACGCCUUUUCCCACCAGCGGAGGGCGACAUUGGGAAAGACUGUUAGAAAAUCCCCUUCCGUUGCACAAUGGACGAUACGCUUUUCAACCGCUGGGUCGCAUCGGGGAAGGAUGUUCCAGGCGAGACCUUCCAUUUGCAAUAAUAAUAAUAAUAAAAAGGGUAUCCUGCCCUCUUCCAGCGGAGGAUGGAGACAUCGGGCCAUCGCCCCCUGGCGUGAGACCACCAAGUGGUGACACGGUCAUGUUGGGAGAGGCUAUUACAUACGCCACUUUCCCUUGCAAUAAAAAGACAGCGUGUUCCUCUUUCCCACCAGCAGGGGGUGACGUUGUCACACUGGGGGGGAAAGAUGGGUCUAUCUGCCGCCAUCUAGUUGAUACCCUUUCUCCCCACUAGGGGGCAACACUGUUGCAUCAGGAGAGAAUGUUCUAGACGUCACCUUCUCUGGCGUCAUACCUUCUUCGACCACUAGGGGGUGACAUUUCACAAAGGGGGGAAAAAGAGAGCCAGCCAUUCCGGAUUUCUUCCCCGUUUCGAUGGAAAUGAGACACCAAUGUGGGGGGGAGGGAAAGUGAGGGGCAACCAGAAACUCCGCCCCCUUUUCCCACCAGCCCCUCCCACUCCAACAUGCCAAAUACUGUAGGAUGUAGCCCUGCAACAACAGGAGACAAAGCCAGUCACGAGGAAUCUGGAUCGAGACUCCAGGACAAU